UCAACAUGAUCCCCAUUGUGCUGGCCUCAGUCCUCAUUGCUAGUGCCCUUGGGUGCGGCACCCCACCCAUUGAGCCCCUGACUUCCCGUGUGGUCAAUGGAGUAGAUGCCAAGCCCUACAGCUGGCCCUGGCAGAUCUCUCUGCAGUACGAGAGGGGUGGUGUAUGGAGGCACACUUGUGGAGGAUCUCUGAUUGCUGCCAACUGGGUCAUGACUGCUGCCCACUGCAUCAACACCAAGCUCUCCUACAGAGUGUUUGUGGGCAAAUACAACCUGGUUGAGGAAGAGGCUGGCUCCCAGGCCAUCCUGCCCGAGAAGAUCAUCGUCAAUGAGAAAUGGAACCCCAUCUUCGUGGCCCUCGGUAAUGACAUUGCCCUCAUUAAGCUGUCAGAGUCUGUGACUUUGAGCAACCAGGUGCAGUUGGCAUGUAUCCCUCCUGCUGGCAAUGUGCUGCCCAACGGCUACCCCUGCUACAUCACCGGAUGGGGCAGGCUUUACACCGGAGGCCCCAUAGCUGAUAAGCUGCAGCAGGCUUUGAUGCCUGUGGUUGACCAUGCCAUCUGCUCCCAGCCUGACUGGUGGGGUAUUGCUGUCAGGACCACCAUGGUCUGUGCCGGUGGGGAUGGACUUGUGGCCGGAUGCAACGGCGAUUCCGGUGGCCCCCUUAACUGUAAGAACACCGAGGGUGUCUGGGAGGUCCAUGGCAUUGCCAGCUUCGUCUCUGGCCUUGGCUGCAACUAUGAGAAGAAACCCACAGUCUUCACCCGUGUCUCCGCUUUCAACGAAUGGAUCGACAAGGUUAUGAUGAACAACUAA